GGUACAUACAUUAAUUAGGCCGUUGAGCAACCCGCUUACCCUGCAGCUGCCCUGAGCAAGUAGUAUCAUCGACUUAUACAUCCCCAGGUGCUAUGGCUACAUAUAAAAGUCUUUCCUCCACCAUGAUCAUGUUGUAUAGUCAUACCCUUCCAAUCAAGGUUGGACAUGAUGUGGGCCCUUGCGUCGCUCCUACUUGCAGGCAUUUCCCAAGCAGCAAUCCCCAAUGCCAUGCUUCGUGGCAUGCCCUCUAUCCCAAAAACCCCAGUGCCGGAACGUUCUCUCACUUCGUCGAAUGGCAUAGGACUCCCAAACAUUACGACCAUCUAUUAUUUUGAUCAGCUCAUUGACCACAAUAAUCCAGGCCUUGGAACCUUCCAGCAGCGAUACUGGAUGAACUGGGAGUUUUAUGAGCCUGGUGGCCCCAUUAUCUUGAUGACGCCUGGAGAAGGUGACGCAGAUGGACACCAAGCCUACAUUACCAAUAGAACCAUCAAUGGCCUCAUUGCUCAACAACAGAAGGGUUCAGCCAUCCUCAUCGAACACCGUUUCUUUGGGUUUUCCAAUCCAUACGACAACCUCACGUCACAAUCUCUCGAGUUCCUCACCAUCCAGCAGGCCAUCGAUGAUCUCGUGUAUUUUGCCACCACAGCUGACCUUCCUAUGCCCGGGGGUGAUGCUGUGAAGCCAGGUCAGGCGCCAUGGAUACUGACUGGAGGAAGCUACGCGGGAGCCCUCACGAGUUGGACGAUGGUCAACAAACCGGGUAUUUUUUGGGCUGGAUAUGCAUCUUCUGCCGUUGUGGAGACAAUCACUGACUUUUACCAGUAUUUCACAUCUAUCGGCACGUACAUGCCACAAAACUGCUCUUCCGAUGUAGAGGCAGUGAUUGCCCACCUGGAUGGCAUGUACGCAGCUAAUGACAACGCCGGAAUCCAGACGCUCAAGGAGGCAUUUGGCCUCGGCAAUAUUGUGCAUGUAAGCGAUUUUGCCACCGCACUUCAAUACAACCUGUGGGAUUGGCAAUCUAUACAUCCUUAUGACGGCCCAGGAGACAUGUUCUUCAAGUUCUGUGAUGCACUUGAGGUCAAGGACGGCGUCGUCGCCGGACCAGAGGGAUGGGGACUUGAAAACGCCAUCUACUCUUGGGGCAACUUCUGGAACACCACAUACUAUAAUUAUACUUGUGCGGGCUACGAUCCUGAAGCCUGUUUUGGGUCGUAUGACGCGACCCAGUCCUAUUUUACUGAUGUUACCGUGAAUAAUGCCAACAGGUCGUGGUUCUGGAUGAUUUGCAACCAAAUGGGAUUCUUCCAGGUUGGCCCUCCUGAAGGCCAGCCUGCUGUCGUAAGCCGCAUCCUGCAACCCGUUUUUGUAGAGCGCCAAUGUGUAAACAUGUUCCCUCAAACCUUCACCUCUCCGCCUUCGCCUGCCACGGCAGAGACAAAUACUAUAUACACUGGCUGGAACGUGGACAUCCCGCGUCUCUUCUUCGCCAAUGGCCUGCGUGACCCUUGGCGCGGUACAACUCUCUCUGCUGAUGGGCUGCGUAAGCCUAAUUCCACCGGCAUGCCGAUCUAUGUGGGAGAUGGAUUCCACGCCUCAGAUAUGAUCACAGAGAGUGGCAUUGAUGAUCCGUCGAUCGCCAUCGUGCAGGAAGCAGCAUUAAUGUACAUGAAGGAGUGGCUUGCUGAGUGGAAGCCUUCCACUUUGGUUACCAUAGAUUGAAUCAUCGGGACUUGGGGACAAGCAAACUUUUUAUUGAUAACUUGUCGUGUUGUGCUACAGGCUGCGAUGGAUGACGGAUCCUGCUGGCAUUCAGUACUCAGGAACCAGCACUCGUCAUAUUCAAAAUUAUCGGUGAUACACGUGUAACUCCAGCGCCAGUGUGAAAGUGUGACGCAAGGCCCGAGUUCUGCACUCAUUUCCUAGUUAUUCAAGUCUUCCUCACGGUUUCUCGAAGGUAAUGUAUACCUGCAGUGCAGGUCUACUUCCGGUCGAAAUAAA